GGCAGGUUGCUUUUCUCCUUUGAUAAACGCAAUUGCAGGAAGUUCUCGAAACUCAACUUCAUCACCACCAUCAAGAAGACCUGAAUCGAAAACCGAUCAAUCCGGAUCUUGUAGAUGUGGAAUACUCACACCCAUGGAUUUCAAUCCUGAUCGAGAACCACCAGCUUAUUCAGCUUUAAGUUCAAGUUUACCAACGAAUGAUGAAUAUCUUUCAAUCAUUGAACAAUCAAUCGAUAAUCUUUCAAACGAUUUACGUACAUUCAGUUUAAAGAUGUUUGAGUAUGCAGAAACGGCUAUGAAAGAGUAUCAUACACACGAUCUUUUAGCCGAUUUUAUGUCACAACAAUCUGGUUGGAAAGUUACCAGACAUGCUUAUGGAAUGGAAACUGCUGUGGAAGCUGUCUUUAGUAGAGGUUCUGGUGGUCCCACAAUCGGGUUUAAUUCAGAGAUGGAUGCACUGCCACAAAUCGGUCAUGCAUGUGGCCAUCCUCUCAUUUGUAUCUCAGGAAUAGCUGCUGCGAUAGCUACUGCCACGGCUUUGACCAAAGCAUCUUUACCUGGUACAGUAAUUCUUUUGGGAACUCCAGCAGAAGAAGAUAUUGGUGGUAAACUCACCCUGAUCGAUAGGGGUGCGUAUAAGCCUAUGGACGCUUGUCUCAUGUUACAUCCUGCCCCUUUUGGUGGAUUGCUUGGUAUGUUUGCAAUCACAGAAGUCAUUGUGGAGUAUCACGGUAAAAAUGCCCAUGCGGCAGGUGCACCAUGGGAAGGGGUCAAUGCGCUUGAUGCAGCUGUAGCAGCUUAUACCAGUAUCUCAACUCUUCGACAACAAAUUCAUCCCACUCAUAGAGUUCAUGGUAUCAUUCAAGGAUCAGAACGAUGGACAGCCAAUGUGAUUCCUGACUACGCCUGUCUCAAGUAUGGGAUUCGAGCACCUACCAGCAAAGAAAUGCUAGAGCUCAAAGAACGUGUCUUCAACUGUUUCAAAGCUGCUGCACUCUCUACCGGUUGUACAUAUACUUUGAAGGAAGAAUUAGUAUACUAUGAUUUGAAGAAUAAUAGUCGUUUAGGAACUGAAUAUAAACAUUACAUGGAAUCGGUCAUGAAGAUUCCAGUUCCGUUGACGGGUCCAGUACUUGGAUCUACUGAUUUUGGAAAUGUAUCAUAUAAAGUACCAGCAAUCCAUCCGAUUUAUGAAAUCCCUACUAAACCCGGUGAAGGAAACCAUACACGUGGUUUCACCACUGCAGCAGCCACUGAAGAAGCACAUGAGCUUACUUUGAAAUCGGCUAAAGGAAUCGCUUUUACGGGUUGGAAAGUUUUAUCCAAUCCAUCCUUUUUGGCAGAUGUUCGUCGUGAAUUUAACUUGGAGAUUUGUAGAACUUAAUGGAUUGGAUUUCUUGAAUCGAGCUAGGUAUUAGUUUGUUGUUGUUUUAUCUUUUACUUUUAUGUUGUCUUCUUUCGUCUUUGGUAUACCUGAAUAUAUCAUAUGUCUCUUUUUAAAGCAUGAUCUGUAUCCUUAUAUGUUCUGGAGUAUUCAUGUGUUUGGGAAAGAAAUUCAAUGGGGCACAUCCGGUUCC